AUGUCGACGGUAAAUAUUGUGCACAAUUUUAAGAAUUUUAAAGUGAAAGUUUCUCCAAAUGAUCAUUUGAACGAUGCCCUUGAGAAAAGUGUAACACAUUUUAAAUUGAUUAAAAGAGAAGAGACAAGAUUUGUACUGUUUCAUAAUAAGACACCCGUGGCAUUGGACUUACCUUGGAGGUUCUUAAACUUACCCGCUGGUGCAAACUUGGAACUGUUAGAACUGGGUGAGGUAGUAAAUACUGACAAAUCACUAGAUCUGGCAAAUAUUAAGAUACGAUUUAUUGUAAAUCAACAUUAUGGUUCAAUUAUGCAACAAGUUAAUAUAUCAGAUAAUAUUACAGACAUACUUCAAGGGGUGGCUACUUUACAGAAAUGGGAUGAUCAAUAUUUAAAAUCAUCAAGAAUAACUUUACAAAUAUUUUCUAAAAUGUAUACUAUAGAAGAACUAGCCAACCAUAGUUUCCAGUCCAUUGGAAUUACAAAUUCUUUAUCGAUUCGUGUCACUUUACCUGGUAAUGGAACUGAAAAUGUUGAAGCAAAUCCCGAGCCAGUCAUUGCCCAAACUACUGUCACACCAGUAGAACCCGCGGAAUAUCUAAAACCUGAGAUACCAUCAUUACCGCAACAUCAACCUAUUGCAUAUGUACCAAGUACGACCCCGAUUGCAGAUCAAGUGUCUCAGGCAGAAGCUGAGGAUGAUUUUGAAAUGACUAUUGAACAAGCUAGAAGGUACCAGCAAAUCCUUAAGAAGAAGACAGGUAAUUUAGGUGGUCCAUUGAUGACGAAACGGAUGAGGGAAGAAAUGGAACAAAAAAAUAAAUCACAUAUUGUAGUUUCGGAAUGUCUUGUAAGAAUUAAAUUUCCCGAUUUGACUUACUUGGAGAUACGUUUCUUACCAACUGAUAGUACGCAUGUAAUAUAUGAACAGGUGGCACAGUCAUUAAUAGAUGAGCAACAACAGUUUAAACUAUAUUAUCCACACCCUCAGAAACAUGUGGAAAAUUCUCUAGAAAAAGAACUAGUGAAAGAUAUGCAAUUUGGUUUGAAGACUAUUCUAUUGUAUGAAUCAGAACCCACAAAUAAGGGACCAUUUUUAAAAUCAGAACUAUUGAAGGGUGCUACUGUGUUAUCCAUGGAUAUAUCAGAUAAAGAAACUGGAAGAUCAUCCCAAGAUCAGAAGAAACCAUCGGGAAAGGUUCCUACAGUUAAAAAGACAUUAAAUAAAGUACCUAAGUGGUUAAAGCUUUCUAAAAAAUGA